CUAGAAUGCGCCAUAGAAGCGGUUUACAUUACAACAGCAAUAGGCACAGUGUGUCAACACUUCUCCUACAGCUAGAUACGUCAAGUUUUUAGCAGCCACCCUCGCCAUGGACGCGCUAUCUGUUGCUGCUUUUGAGGAGCGCGCUGCCACUGCUGAGGCUCGCUUGAGUGCCCUGGAGUCGCUUCUAUCUUCGGGGGCAGGGCCGGCUGAUUCGGCGGCGCUUACGGAGCUGCGCGCGCUGCUGGUGGCUGCCAAGGAGGAGUCGGAGAAGGAGGCGGUGCAGCGGAAAUCGUUGGAGGACGAGGUCGCCAAGCUGCGGUACCAGGUGCUGCAUCUGAAGCGCGCGGUGCGGGAACUGGAGGCGCAGCACACACCCGCGACCCGCUAGGCGCCCGGGGGCCCAGCCGGAGGGGCGGAGCGCGGUUUGAGGAGGGAGUGUUAUGUGUGUGUGUGUGUGUGUUGUAUGGGGGGGGUAACCGCCAGGUGGACCGCCUGCAGCUGGUGCCCCCGGGCUGAUGAGGGCUUGGGCCCGGGGGGGGGGGCAGGGGCGGCGACGGCGGCGCGGUUGGCCCUUGGUGGCGCUCAGCGCUGAGCCGUGAGUGGGUGGGUGCCGCAUCGCACCGCAGCGCGACGCACCGCACGGCGCCGCAGGGCAGCAGCUGUGAGGGUAUGGCGGUGAAGGCUGUUGGGCGGUAGUGAUGGUGGAUGUGACGACUGUGGGGUGUCCUAGUGGGCUGCCGUCGGACGGGGUUGUUGCCUUCUGGCGUGCCGGUGGUGCGUCACGGCCUGUGUGGCAGUAUGGAGUUGCGAGAAGCAAAGGGACCCGAUGUGCACUGGACUGCACUGCAAGCUGCCGGAACAGUUACGCACGCACUGUUGGGCUGAAUGCGCUGUGUUUAUGGAGCGGUGCGUGGGGCGCCCGCCGCUGGCGGCAGAAAGGGAUGUGGGGUGGCAGUGAGCAUGUGUGAGUGGGGGGGAUUCGCGGCCUGUGGUGUGACUCUCUCAGCAGGCCGGCUGGAUAGCUGACACCGGGUGGUGACAGCGGCACGUGCAGGUGCAUGGUGCACGGGUGCAGGUGUAGGUGUAGGUGCGGGUGUAGGUGCGGGUGCACGUGCAGCUGUGGGUGUGGGUGUAGGUGCAGGUGCUUGAGCCUCAGGGGUCGGAUCUUGUUUUGGGGGUAAUGUCUAGCUCCAGACAAAAACGGCCGGGUGGCCGCCGUCAUUUGUCUGGGCACAUGGCGGUUUGGGGCUUCACCAUAGGAAUUCGGACAAAACCCGCCCCAAACCCGGGCCAACAAAGUCUCACCCCAGACAUUAGCCCCCGGGAGGAAUGUCUAGGAAACGGCCAAAAUGGCCAAUUAAUGUCUGGAGACAUUAAGAUAGGAGCCCUGGAGACAUUAAGAUAGGAGCCCUCGAGGCUCAAUGAGCCUCGAGGUGGUCCUGCCACCAGCGGCUGGACCUAGGAGCAGUUGCAGACAUGUGCAGCGAGGCGCGGAGGCGGCUGCGGCCCUCGAGUCCUGGGUGGUGCAAUGCUCAGCACGCACUCAGCACGCCAGGGGAGCACGCACUGUGUGCUGAAGGCCACACCCUGAGGCACACGCCCACACACCCUCGCACCGUGUACGGUCUGGCGCACCACCUACCAAUUUAUGUGUGUGUGAUGUACCCGCAGAGCCGCGACAAGUGUUUGCUCAGCCUUUGACUAUCUGGCUCUGUAUCAGUGCUCCAGUCCCACACUUCGAUGACUUCAGAACAUCAUUUGCCCUUGGUGCACGCGCAGAGUCGAGAUGUAACUGUUGAUGAAC